AAAAAAAAAAGCCAAGUCACGUGAUCAAUCCGUGGGCACGUGUGAAAUUUCUCGUUUAUCUUUCUUUGCGGCAUUUCGUCGAACACCAUGUAUGCAAUUGAAAGGGGUUUGGUUUUGGUCUACGUAGCCCGCCAAUGAUUUCUCUCCUUAAAGCUCGCGAGAAGCUUCUCUCUCCUCUCUUUAGUUCCUCUAUCCAAAGACUCUCCUCUAGUCUCUCUUAUUCUCGUGAAGAUUCGAGAGAUUCUGAAGUCUUUAUACACCCGAGUGCUGUCGUCCACCCAAACGCUGUGAUUGGCAAGGGAGUUUCAGUUGGUCCAUACUGUACAGUUGGCUCUUCAGUGAAGCUAGGCAAUGGCUGCAAACUCUAUCCUUCUAGCCAUAUCUUUGGAAACACCGAGAUGGGGGAAUCUUGUGUACUGAUGACUGGUGCUGUUGUUGGCGAUGAGCUUCCUGGCUAUACAUUCAUAGGAGGCAAUAACAUUAUCGGUCACCACGCCGUGGUUGGUGUUAAAUGUCAAGACUUGAAGUACAAGCAUGGAGAUGAAUGCUUUCUUUGCAUUGGUAAAAACAAUGAAAUUAGGGAGUUCUGCUCGAUUCACAGGUCAUCAAAACCCAGUGAUAAAACGGUUAUUGGUGACAACAAUCUAAUCAUGGGUUCUUGUCAUAUCGCCCAUGAUUGUAAGAUUGGUGACCGCAACAUAUUUGCCAACAAUACGCUUCUUGCGGGCCAUGUGGUUGUAGAAGACAAUACACACACAGCAGGAGCCACGGUGGUCCACCAGUUCUGUCAUAUUGGCUCUUUUGCUUUCAUUGGCGGUGGUUCUGUGGUUUCACAAGAUGUUCCAAAGUACAUGAUGGUGACUGGAGAAAGAGCCGAACUUCGCGGUUUGAAUCUGGAGGGACUUAGACGAAAUGGAUUUACCAUGUCAGAGCUAAAGAGCCUAAGAGCAGCCUAUCGUAAGAUAUUCAUGUCUACUGAAACAGUCCCCUUGAGUCUUGAAGAGCGUCUCAUGAAGAUGGAACAGAACCAAGAGUUGUACAGUGUUCCUGCAGUAUCGGCAAUGUUGCAAUCAAUCCGAGAUUCUUUCACAGAAAGUCGCCGUGGGAUAUGCAAGUUCAGACAAUGGCUGGAUUCCACAGCUUAGAGACUUAGCUUAGGCAUCCAUUGAUCAGCAAUGGCUUAUACCUUAUUGCUCAGCACCAUUUCUUUCACUGGAUCUGUAAUAGUUUGAUAUAUAGCUUUAACCAAGUGUUGUCAACAUUUUCUGGGCACAUAACAUCCUUAAAAUCACUCACA